CCUGUCCGCCUCGAAAACCCAAGGGCGGGGCUGUCCCUGCGGCGGAGACACCAACCUUCCCCCACACCACCACGGUAAUUUCUGGGGGAUUCGGAGAAGAAUAUGCUCGCCCAUUCCCUAGGCGGCGGUAACGAAAGACCAACCGCACCUCCGCGAGGUCGCCGUCGCCGAGACCAUCCCUCCGGUUUGUCACGACGCCCUUGGCCGCGGCGCGGGAUCUGGUCCGUAUAUAAGGCGUCACCGCGCCAAUGGCACUCCCCAACCCGGAGGGAGGCUGCGCCUGCGACUGCGUGGGGAGCUGCCAUUUGGCGCCAACACGCCGCUUCUUCCUGCUGCACCCCGCCCGCCCGCCCGCCCGGGCACUGCAGCUUGAUUUGUCGAGGGCCACAAUUGGUCGAAAAUGGGUCCAAAGAAAUCAAUAGAUGACAAAUUCUCCAAGUUUCAUCCAAGUUUGCCAGUAGACACUAGAAUUGGCAUAGUGGGGGCAGGGCCAAGUGGCUUAUCAGCAGCAUACGCACUAGCUAAACUCGGGUACUGCAAUGUAACUGUAUUUGAGAAAUGCCACACUGUUUCAGGGAUGUGUGAGUCCAUUGACAUCGAAGGAAGAACAUAUGAUUUGGGAGGACAAGUUAUAGCAGCAAACAGUGCGCCUGCGAUAACUCAUCUGGCGAAGGAGGUAGGAGCUGAAUUCGAAGAGAUGGAUUCACACAAGCUUGCUCUGAUCGACAGCCAAACUGGAAAUAUUCGAGAUCUUGAAGUAGCUGAGGACUAUGUGUCCAUGCUAUCUCUGACGCUAAAACUGCAGGAUGAAGCAAAUAAAUCAGGCCGAGUGGGCAUUCAUGCUCUGAGCGGAUUGGCAUCUGACCCAACUCUUCAGUUUCUGAAGCAACAUGGAAUAAAUUCAGUGCCAAAAUCUGUGGCCUAUGGUUACACAGCUUCUGGCUAUGGUUUUGUUCAAGACAUGCCCUAUGCUUUCAUUCAAGAGUUCACUAGAACCUCUAUGGCUGGCAAAAUACGACGGUUUAAGCAUGGUUACAUGAGCAUGUGGGAGAAACUAAGUCAGUCAUUACCAUUUGAAGUUCUUUGUGGCACAGAGGUUCUGAGGGUCAAACGCAACAACGGUGGUGCAAAUGUAACCAUCAAGACGAACAAUGGUGACGAGCAAAUUAUUGAGUUUGAAAAAAUUAUAUUCUCAGGCGCUCUUGGUUUCAAGAACGGCAAUACAUAUCGAUCUUCCAAUCUCACUGAUGGAGAAAAUGAAGUGGUGGAAUUGAAUGAUCUUGAAAAAGAACUAUUCAGUAAGGUACAGACAGUUGACUACUAUACUACUGUUGUUAAGAUCAAUGGAUUUGAGCACAUGCCAAAGGGAUUUUACUACUUUGGAGAAUUCAUGGAGGAUCCAGCAACAAUAGGGAAACCAGUGGCAAUGCAAAAAUUCUUUGAUGACACAGACAUUUUCUUGUUCUGGUCUUAUGGGAAUUCAGCAGACAUCAAGGGUUCAUUUGUGGCUAAAUGUGUGACCGACAUCGUGAGUUCUAUGGGAGGCACUCCUCAGAAAGUGCUUUUGCAGAGACGAUUCAAGUAUUUCCCCCAUGUCAGCAGUGAAGACAUGAAAGAUGGAUUCUACGAGAAGUUUGAAUCUCAGUUGCAAGGCUUUCAGAACACUUACUAUGUCGGAGGUCUCCUAGCAUUUGAGCUCACCGAAAGAAAUGCUUCAUACUCCAUUGAGACAGUUUGUAAACACUUUGCCGUUGAUGUUGAGCAAACCGUGACUCCUUAUGUCAAGAGAUUAUUUCCUCUGUCCCACAACAGCAACCCUUCACCUCCUAGAGAUCUUGGUGAGCUUGACGGUGUUCAAUUUCCUGACCUCCCAUCACUGGAUGGAUAUUUGCAAUACUGGGGAACUCACAGAGUCACUAAGAAGAAUGCCAUCUAUACUUGGAUCAAUGAAGAAGGGAAGGUCAUGAACCAAAGAACCUACCAGGAGCUUCAUGAGAACGCAUCUCAUAUUGCACACAAAUUAUUGACAAGCACGAAGCCUUUUAUCAAGCCUGGUGACAGAAUUAUCCUUAUUCAUCUCCCUGGUUUGGAAUUUAUUGAUGCAUUCUUUGGAUGCAUAAGAGCAGGAGUUAUACCAGUACCAGUUAUUCCCCCUGAUCCAAUGCAAAGGGGUGGACAAGCACUUCUGAAAGUCGAGAAUGUCUCUAAAGUGUGCAGCGCUGUGGCAAUUCUAUCAACCUCUUCAUACCAUGCUGCUGUACGUGCAGGUUAUGUCAAGAACAUGGUCACUCUAGCAAAGAGUCAGAAAUGCUCAGCACAGUGGCCUGACCUCCCAUGGGUUCAUACCGAUUCGUGGAUAAAGAACUACCGGAGAUGUCCAGACACCUUCAACUCAGACAAUGUUUUGCCUAUGAUGACCAAGCCCCAGCCAAGUGACUUAUGCUUUCUGCAGUUCACUUCAGGUUCCACUGGUGAUGCCAAGGGGGUGAUGAUAACUCAUGGAGCACUAAUCCACAACGUGAAGAUGAUGAAAAAGGUGUAUCGGAGUACCUCAAAAACUGUCCUUAUUAGUUGGCUUCCGCAGUACCAUGACAUGGGGCUAAUAGGUGGUAUUUUCACUGCUCUUGUAAGUGGGGGAACUUCCAUUCUGUUUUCACCGAUGACAUUCAUCAGGAACCCCCUCCUGUGGCUGCAAACAAUCAAUGACUACCAUGGAACCCAUAGUGCAGGGCCAAACUUUGCAUUUGAACUGGUGAUAAGAAGGCUUGAAGCUGAGAAGAGCAAAGUAUAUGACCUCUCUUCAAUGAUCUUCCUCAUGAUUGCGGCAGAGCCAGUAAGGCAAAAAACUGUCAAAAGGUUCAUAGAGUUGACUCAACCUUUUGGCUUUUUGGAAGGUGCUCUUGCACCUGGAUAUGGGAUGGCUGAGAACUGUGUCUAUAUUUGUUGUGCCUUUGGUGAAUGCAAUCCGGUCUUCAUAGAUUGGCAAGGAAGAGUUUGUUGUGGGUAUGUUAAGCCAGAUGAUACAGAUAUUGACAUCAGAAUUGUUGAUGCAGACUCUUUGGCUGAGCAUCAAGUUGACGGUUCUGAGGGUGAGAUAUGGAUCAGCAGUCCUAGUGCUGGAGUUGGUUAUUGGGGCAACCAGGAACUGAGCCAGAAAACUUUCUGCAAUCAGCUUAAGAACCACCCGAACAAGAUGUUCACAAGAACAGGUGAUUUAGGGCGCAUCAUUGACAGAAAACUUUUUAUUACAGGAAGGAUCAAAGAUCUAAUCAUUGUUGCUGGAAGAAAUAUUUAUUCCGCGGAUGUAGAGAAGACAGUGGAAAAUUCUUCCGAGGUCCUGCGACCAGGAUGUUGUGCUGUGGUUGGUGUCCCGGAGGAAGUUCUUACUCAGAAAGGCAUCUCAGUUCCUGAUUCUUCUGAUCAGGUUGGACUUGUGGUGAUUGCAGAGGUUAGGGAUGGUAAGACAGUCUCCGAAGAAGUUAUCGACAACAUCAAAGCACGUGUGGCGGAGGAGCACGGUGUAACUGUUGCAUCUGUCAAGCUUAUCAAGCCUAGAACCAUAUCCAAGACAACAUCUGGGAAGAUACGAAGAUUUGAAUGCAUGAAGCAGUUUGUUGACAACAAUCUUAGUUUGGCCAAUGGUAAUCGUCCAUCUAGGAAGAGUCUUUUCCGGUCUCUCACAACAGGAACAGGCACAGAGAGAAGGAGGUCAUUCUUGAAGCAGACUGUUCAUUCCACUAUUCAUCCUCGGCAUGAAAGCAAGGUGAAAAGCUCCAAGGAAAUAACUGACUUUCUGACACAGUUAGUAUCAGAUCAAUCAGGUAUUCCAAAGGACAAAAUUUCUCCAACAGCAAGCCUACCUUCUUAUGGCUUUGAUUCAAUUGCAGUGGUCCGAGCAGCUCAGAAGCUCUCAGAUUAUCUCGGUACUCCUGUUGGAGCCAUUGACAUCUUUGCUGCAAGCUGCAUUUCUGAGCUUGCAAGCUUCUUGGAGAACUUAUUGAAUAAGUCGCAACCAAAGAUGGCACCUCGGCCCAAAAGCAACGGGAAAAAUUCUGAGGAGAUUAUUGAGUUUCUGACACAGAUAGUGUCAGAUCAAUCAGGUAUUCCAAAGGACAAAAUUUCACCAACUGGCAGCCUACCUUCCUAUGGUUUUGAUUCUAUUGCAGUGGUACGAGCAGCCCAGAAGCUCUCAGAUUUUCUCGGUACUCCUGUUGGAGCGAUUGACAUCUUUGCGGCAAGCUGCAUUUCUGAGCUUGCUAGCUUCUUGGAGAACCUGUUGCCCAAGUCACAACCACUGUUGGCAUCUGAUGUAUCUUUCUGUACUGAGGAUGAGAGUUCACUGGCUCCCGUAGGUGUCACUGCAGAUUUCAGUGUGCUUGCUACUGGGGUUCUCCAACUUCUGUCCCUUACCUAUGUGUGUUUCAUGUUGCUACUCCCAGCAUACCUUGCAAGUUCAGCAUACAUGAGCACACUCUUUGCGGUCAGUUUGGUUGAAUCAUCACUGAUGAACUAUCUUAGUUCUUUGGUCAUGGCACCUGUGGCGUGGAUGUGUUAUGUCUUUCUCACCUCUUUAUCACUGUCUAUCCUAGGGAAGUCAUUCCUUCAGCCAAAUUAUGCUCUGACCCCUGAUGUUUCGAUAUGGUCAGCUGACUUUGUGAAAUGGUGGGCACUGAACAAGGCGCAAGGUUUAGCUGCAAAGAUGCUAGCUGUGCAUCUAAAGGGAACAAUCUUCUUGAAUUAUUGGUUCAAGAUGCAAGGCGCUCGGAUUGGAUCAUCUGUUGUAAUUGACACAGUAGAUAUCACAGACCCAUCCUUGUUAGUAGUUGCAGAUGGUACAGUGAUUGCAGAAGGUGUUCUCAUUCAGGGCCAUGAAGUCUGUAAUGAAGUGCUAAGCUUUAGGCGUAUCAGGAUUGGUCGUGAGGCAUCCAUUGGUCCUUAUGCGGUGCUUCAGAAGGGCACUAUUGUGGAUGAUGGUGCUGUGAUCUUACCAUUGCAAAAGACUGAGCCAGAAAAAUCAACCUAUCAGACUAAGAGAACUUCUGGAGGCAUGAAGGAAGAAACAAGGAAAGCAGCCAUGUUUCUUGAGCACCUCGUUUGCAUCUAUGCAGUUGCUUUUCUAGGUGCUCUGUCAAGUGCUACCGUCUACAUGUUGUACACUCACUUCUCCGGCACUGAGGCUUCAUUUCAGCACUUCUCCUUUGCCUGCAUUGCUGGUUCGUUCCAUUGGUUACCAGCUGCCAUGGCAGCUUAUCCUGUGAUUGUCCAGGAGACACCCACAAGCGCAUUGAAAUUUGCUCUCUCCGUUGCCUUCUCCUACUUGAGCUACGGUGUCAUCCUCAUUCUUCUCACCAGUAUAGUCAACACAGCUCUUGCUACAAGUACUGGGAAGAAAUAUGUGACAACAAGCUUGAUUCAGCGGCGUAUAAACAUAGCUGUGCACCUCAGAUUUGCAAAGAUGCUAUCUGGAACUGAAGCAUUCUGCAUGUACUUGAGGCUUCUUGGAGCAAAGAUUGGCAGGCAUUGCUCUAUCCGGUCCAUCAAUCCAGUGGCGAAUCCUGAACUGAUCAGCAUCAGUGAUGGGGUCCAUCUAGGUGACUUCUGCAACAUUGUUCCGGGUUUCUACUCCAGUAAGGGGUUUACUGGUGCAGAGAUAAAGGUCCAGGAGAACACCAUCGUUGGCAGUGGCAGCCUGCUCCUCCCUGGCUCAGUCCUCCAAGGGAAUGUCAUCCUUGGAGCACUUUCUGUGGCACCAGAGAAUUCCCUUCUCCAGCGAGGGGGCAUCUACGUUGGGGCACAAUAUUUGACAUUGGUGAAGAACACCUUGCUUGCAGAAGAUGAGCGGAUUGAAAUGAUGGACCCAAUGUACAAGAAGAUCGUGGGGAACCUUUCAGCCAACUUGGCGAUCACCACCAUGAAUGUCAAGUCAAGGUAUUUCCACCGCAUUGGUGUAAGCGGGCGGGGUGUCCUGAAGAUGUACCAAGACAUACCAUCUUUGCCCAAGCACAAGUUAUUUGGUGCUCGAAAGUCUUUCCCAGUGAUCGUCCGGCACAGCAACAGCCUGAGUGCAGAUGAUGAUGCAAGGCUCGAUGCGCGCGGCGCAGCUGUGCGCAUUCUCUCAGAUGAUGGUGAGGUGCCUCUUUUGGACCUCACAUUGAAGAGUGGCAAAGCAUUUUACGCGCGCACAAUCGCCGACUUUGCCACUUGGCUGGUUUGUGGUCUGCCAGCGAGGGAAGAGCACGUGAAGCGUGCUCCUCACAUCCGCGAUGCUGUGUGGACCUCCUUGCGGGACACCAACUCGUACACCACGCUGCAUUACUACUCCAACAUAUGCCGGCUGCUGCGCUUCGAUGAAGGGAAGGAGAUGUAUGCAAAGUUCAAGCUUCGUCCUAUUGAUCAAGACAUACCAGAGGAGUCCGGUCAGGUGGAGCCCAGGGGUAUCUUGCCGCCGGAGACCGGUGCAAUCCCAAGAGACGAGAGUGACACGCGCCCUCUGCUCUUCCUAGCCGAUGACUUCCGUCGGAAGGUGGAAGUUCCAGAUGGGGUGCGCUACGUCUUCCAACUACAGCUCAGGGAGGUGCCCUCCAACGACGCCACCUGCGACAUCGCCCUUGACUGCACACGGCCAUGGGACGAGGAGGAGUUCCCGUACAUGGACAUCGGGGAGAUAACCAUCGACAGCAAUCUUCCAGCAGAGGAGACGGAGAAGCUCGAGUUCAACCCUUUCCUCCGGUGCCAAGAGGUGGACGUCAUCCCUGCGACGUCCUGCAAGCAGAGCGCGUCCAUCGACCACGGGCGCUCGCUGGUUUACGAGAUCUGCCAGCGCCUACGGAACGGUGAGCCGCUGCCUGCGUCAUGGGCGGCAUUCCUCGAGCAGUCCGACACCAAGAUCAACCUGUCCGGCUGCCCAGUGGCCGCGGCGAUGCACACAGGAUCCAACGCCAGCGAUGCCAGCGAGACCAAGGUGACACUGGCCAGGACAUGGUACAAGUCGCUCUGGGCCACGCUAUGCCAGCCGCUGCUGCAAACACUGGUGCCAUACUUCGUCCUGGGCCUGGUCAUCUUCCUCCCAUUCCGGGGCCUCCUCGCCAUCACCAUGGCCACCGGCACGCCGCUCUACUGGCUCCUGCCGGUCUUCUGGGUCGUGUCUGGCCUCGUGGCCAUGGUCACAUGCGCAGCGGCGAAGUGGGUCCUGGUCGGCGUCAGGGCCGACGGUGACGCAGUGCACAUCUGGGCGCCACAGGUGUUCCUGGACACGGUCUGGCAGGCCAUACGGACGGCCACAGCGGAGUACUUCGCGGAGCUGACGUGCGGGUCGGUGCUGUUCGCGGCGUGGAUGCGGAUGAUGGGAUCCUCUGUGGCCGUGGCCGAGGGCGUCUACGUGGACUCCAUGGGCGCUCUGCUGAACCCGGAGAUGUUGCACCUGGAGCAGGGAGCGAGCGUGGGGCACGACGCGCUGCUGUUCGGGCAUGUAUACGAGGGUGAGGCCGGCAAGGUGAAGUUCGGCAGGGUCCACGUCGGGGAGGACGGCUUCGUCGGCAGCCGGGCGGUGGCGAUGCCGGGCGUGAAGGUCGAGGACGGCGGCUACCUCGGCGCUCUGAGCCUGGCCAUGAAGGAGGAGAUCGUCAGGCACAAGCCAUAGUAAGCGCGUAGCAGCAUGUGUGUGCUCUCCUUUUUGUUUCAGCUAGCUGCCGUGUCGGUGUGCCGCUUAUGGGUGUAUGUAUAUAGGAUCUUAUAGCUGAUAAAGAUCGAUAGUGAUAAGUGGCCGCUAGAAGAAGAAAUAAUCAAUUAUAGUACGGAAAUUAAAUAAUAAAUCAAUCAUCAGCAUUACUGUGGUUUGAGCA